GUUCCAUUUCCUGAGAAGAAGAAAAAUGCCAAACGAUCAUUGGCUUCAUUUAAAAGAGCAGUAGUUGUGGAGAAUCAUUUCCAUCAUUCUUUCUUUUCAUUUCGGCUGGUUUGAAAAAGGCCUUGAUAGAAAUAUGAACAAGUGGACUUUAGUAUCUGUCCUAUUGCUCGGUAUUGUCGUAUAUGCAGUUGCAGAACCUCUCAAAGACUCCAAUAUAGCCUCAAAAGUCAGAGGAUACAGUAGCGCUUAUAGUCCAGUCUAUUCAACAUCAACGUAUUCCACUCCUUAUGAAACUACUUCUUCUUAUCCUACCUAUACUACCUAUCCUUGGAUUCAGCCUUGUGCAGAAGCUUGUGCUGGAUGUCUCUAUUGCUAUCAAGAAUACAAUUUCUAUUACCCAUAUGGUCUUGAUAUCCUUUACUGCAAUAACUUUGACAAAUACUGUCCAUCUGGAUACGUUCGACCAACUCCCUAUGAGUAUUCCUCUUAUUCUCGUGGAGCAUACAACUCGGCAUCUUCCUAUGCAACUCCGACUUAUACGUCUUCCUAUUCAACCAAUACUUAUAAAUCUUAUGAAACUCCUCCCAUGACGUACUACUAUCCAGAAUGGUAUUUGGAAUGUUAUCAAUGGUGCUUCGAAUGUCUCUUGUGCAACUUGGAAUAUGGAUUCUACUAUAUUCAGGAGCCAACUCCAACUCCUUAUUAUUCAAGUUCGUAUCCAAUGUACAGCAGCUAUUCCAGCUACAGUACUUAUCCAACCUACACAACCAGCGCGUACAAUUCGUAGAAGAAGGAUGCGUUUCAGGCGAAGGAUGCCAUAGACUCUUGUCUGCUUUGUUUGCCUCUUAUCUCAGAAUAAAAAUUUUUUUUAUGAUACCGAGUGUACCAGCUCCCUUUUGCAUAUUCCUUGACAAAUCUUUAGGAAGGUCUCAAGAAAGGGGAGGCGGCAAUAUUUUCUUUACAGCCUUAUUGAUUUUCUAGAAAAAAGUUUGUACUACUUUCACGGAUCUGAGUUGGGGACUUUUGAAUAAAUCCAACACGAUAAAGACUCUCUCCAUCAUGUCGAGCAAAAUUGAGGAAGUACUGUUUGAGUAGUUUUCAGUUGCACAAGUUUAAAGAGACAUAAAGGCUCUCUUAGGUUUAAAAAGUAUAUGAGGGCUAGCUGAAGAGGAAGAACGACUAAAUUUGUAUUAGAAUGUAGGACAGGGACUUUACAAUGCGGAAAAGAUGAAAAUUCUUGGCGUCCUUCAAAAAGCCUCCAACAGUUUCAUAGAACUCUUUGUCUUUGGGGAGCUUCUGAAAUGAUAUAACUGAAAGAACACCUAGGUUAUUUGCAUUUAUAUUCAAAUGCCUCAGUAUCUCUAUAAUUGCCUGAAAUAGUUAAAACGUUUAAGCAGGACAGUGUAAAAGCCCGAUUCGUAUGCUGUUUUCAAAUGUAAAUAGUAAUAAACACGGUCUGUCUCCU